AUGAAUGAGGAACGCUAUCCGGGCGAUUACCAUGCUCAAGAUGACCCGUCGAUAUACUGGCAAUAUCCGAAGAACAAUACCUUUACAACGUACCAGGAGCUGGUAGUGAGACCCUAUGCGGUUGAGGAACCGCAUGAUGAUGCAGAGGACCAUAUCUGGGAAACUACGGAGCCAAUUCCACAAUGGCAGAGAGAACUGGUGGAAUCACUGGACGAACUUGCGUGCGAGUCAGAUACUAGUGCUCCUUCGUUGAGAUCCAGUCCAACGAGAGGCCAGAAGAGAAAGUCCGCCAGCACAUCCUCUCAGGAUUGUUACCCUGACCAAUCGCCGUCAUCGGACCCGGACCUUCGAUCAGAUGACUCCGAACCCGAGACGACCAAUAUGAGCCCGAAAAGACGGCGUAGAAAGUGCCAGAGCAAUCAGUUCAGAGCCAAUUUGGAUGCUGCUGAUGCCGCGUUUCUACCUCACCACAGCCACGGGUUGUCCAUGAGCCCCAAUUCAGAAUCCCAAUUUGCAGAUACAAGCAGCAGUAAUUCCACGAGCAAUGGAGCUGCUACCCCCGACGCAAUGGACAUGAAUUGA